CGAGCUCAAGUGAGUUGAAGUCGAGGGAGUCAAAGUUCUUGGGAGCCUGGCCGCUCGCUGCCUAUUCACAACUCGAGGCCUGCUUCGUGUCGGGACUCGGAAAUGUCAAGUUGGCCCAAGCCGUGGGGUCUAACCGCUGGGCGCGUGGUAUGGAUCAACGGAUUUGCAAUGAUCGUUGCGGCGUGGUUCGGGGCCGAGCUACCCUCUUGUUGCUUGAGUCCUGAAGAUCGAUACUGGAAUGUCACUGUCUCAGAGGGCUUCCGAGGGACCUUCUUUGAUGGAUUUUCAAAAGAAACAGGUUUAUGGGGUUUGUUCUAUGGGGUUCGUGUGGUCAUGAUAUCGAAAGGCUCAUACACGCCCUGUGCCUCGCGUCUCCUCUCCUUCUCUUCACGGCGAGGAGUGGCUGGCAGGCGUGGCAGGUCUGGGCUGGUUGGUCUAGCGGUCACGGCACGGUACGGUCAGGCAUCGAAUAUCCCUCUCCUUUCUCACUCUCUCGCGCUUCCUCGCAAAAGUCUGCGGGUAGCGGGCCACAUGCACCCAGCGCCUGGAUGAGAAGAGCAGUGGAAGUCAUUCUGGAUCGAGAUGCCCGUUUCGGGUACCCCUGUCUGGGGUCAGCCCACACCCAAUGCUCACGUUUUGGUGUGGUCCACAAUAUGCAUGUCUAGACCGUUCGCUGUUCUCUGCGUACUCCAUUUCUUUUUUUGCGGUCCGAUACUUUGAUACAUUUUACGAAUCCUCUUUAAACUCUUUACAUUCACACCCCAUCGACGUCAUUCUCUCGAGAUGAUUACACUCGGGCUUAGUCUGCUU